AUGACACUCUGCGUGAGCUGGUUGACGGCCGUCACCUUGUUGGUGCCGAUUUCUACGAUGUGGGCCGACGCAACGGGUUCCGUCGAGACUCGCUUAGGGGUGACGGCGUCGCGGUACUUGGUUCGAACGUCAGGCGCGAUCGACAGCAGCUCUUCUGGGGUCAGCGUGAUGAACUGCGACUUCAUUGAACGCUGGAAGAUUUCCUCGGCGAGCUUCGGCUGGAUAACAGGGACGAUGGUCUUGUACGCUGGCGAGGAGGAAGACGGCGCGGGUGCUGCUGCUGGUAUCGUCGGAGGGGGGGCCGUGUUUGUCGAAGUGCUCGAGGGUGCCGCCACUCCUUUCGACGUACCAGAUCCCGAGGCUUCCGCACUCUUCGGGAUGGCGGGCGUCAAUCUCGACACCGUCGAAGACCUCCCUUCACUUCCGAAGCUGAAGGAGUUCUCGUUCGAGCGCCUCGAUCCUGCUGCUGGUGUUGAGCGCAAAUGUUUGCACAGUCGAGCGAUCGUCGAUCUCGAAGAGCAUCGUCAGAGUGGCGGGUGCUGUGGAAUUUCUUCUAUGCCACUUGUAGAUUCGAUCUCGUAUUGUGAGACCAGGGAUAGUGCGGGGGCAGAAACUUCUGUUUGGAAGGACGAUCUUGCCUUCGGUGUUCCGUUUGCACUUGCCGUCCCGAAUGUCGAUCUCCGCGAACUCGCAGGUGCCUACCCUGCAGCCAUGAUUGCCGCAGUAGUGGCACAUCUGGAUUGGUUCUUCGUCGAAGUCAUCCUGGAGUUCUUGGUCUAUCUCGUUUUCUUUGUCGUGGUCGAAGUUACCAGGAAUGGUUGGAGAGGGAGUCGAUUGCGUUCUAGAGGAGCUGUCGAGGUUCUCGGCGGCGCUGCGGCUAGCAGCCUCACGCGCUUGCGAGCGGGGACUAGAGAGACGGAUUAUAGUCUUAGUGAGAGGGGAGUUAGCAGCAAGGUGUCCCGCGGUUCGAGUGAACACCAAAAACGCCCUUGGAAAAGGCUACAAACGAUGGGGAAGGUACGAGGUGGCUUCGACACGUCGUCGAAGCUAUUCGGAGGCUGUGGGUGGUUAGCGGAGAUGAUCGAAGCUCGGCAGAGCUCUUCGAUGUAUCGUAGAAGGAAGGGACAUGACUCGAAGGGUGGACUUAGCUAG